ACUUUACGACGUUUUACGACACUGCCGUCGUAAACCGACCGAAGUGCGUCUCUUUGGAGCAGAUACCGGUUGGGGAGAAACGCAGCAACAACAGAAAGAAAUCUAACAUUUGGAUUCGCUUUCACCUGGACUAUCUCCGAGCGUCGCGCACCCCGGUCCGGAGCAAUAAAAUCGACCCGAAAACUCGAUGCGGAAGCCGGGUGUAAAGGAGGAAAAAGGCACGCUGCUGGGGAAGGCAACUAUCUGAGAUACCAAAAAACCCCGAGCUCAGGCGGUGGAGGAGCCCAGCUGCCUUAAAAUAAUUUUUUAAAAAAAAGGAAGGCACACUUUUUCAACCCAAACCGAGGUGAAAAUGGACUAUGACUUUAAAGUGAAGCUGACCGGCGAAAGAGAGCGUGUCGAGGACCUGUUCGAGUACGAAGGAUGUAAAGUGGGAAGAGGCACCUACGGUCAUGUGUACAAGGCGAAGAGAAAAGAUGGGAAGGAUGAUAAGGACUACGCCCUCAAGCAGAUUGAAGGCACUGGUAUCUCCAUGUCAGCCUGCAGAGAGAUUGCACUGCUGCGGGAGCUGAAACACCCCAACGUCAUCUCACUGCAGAAGGUUUUCCUGUCACAUGCGGACCGUAAAGUGUGGCUGCUGUUUGACUACGCAGAACAUGAUCUAUGGCACAUUAUUAAGUUUCACAGAGCCUCCAAGGCCAACAAGAAGCCACUUCAGCUGCCUAGAGGAAUGGUCAAAUCUUUGCUCUACCAGAUUCUGGAUGGCAUCCAUUAUCUCCACGCCAACUGGGUCCUCCACAGAGACCUUAAACCAGCAAACAUUUUAGUGAUGGGAGAAGGACCUGAGAGGGGUAGAGUAAAGAUUGCGGACAUGGGGUUUGCUCGUCUCUUCAAUUCACCGUUGAAGCCUUUAGCUGAUCUCGACCCUGUAGUGGUCACUUUCUGGUACAGAGCACCUGAACUGCUGCUGGGGGCUCGGCACUACACCAAAGCCAUCGACAUCUGGGCGAUCGGCUGCAUUUUCGCGGAGCUGCUAACGUCUGAGCCCAUAUUCCACUGUCGCCAGGAGGAUAUCAAGACCAGCAACCCGUACCACCACGACCAACUGGACCGAAUCUUUAAUGUUAUGGGCUUUCCUGCUGAUAAAGACUGGGAGGACAUCAAAAAGAUGCCGGAGCACUCCACACUGAUGAAAGACUUUAGAAGGAACACAUACACAAACUGCAGCCUUAUAAAAUACAUGGAAAAACAUAAAGUUAAACCAGACAGUAAAGCAUUCCACUUGCUGCAAAAGCUAUUGACCAUGGACCCCAUCCGUAGAAUCACAUCUGAGCAGGCGAUGCAGGACCCCUACUUUUUAGAAGAACCUCUACCCACCUCUGAUGUGUUUGCAGGUUGUCAGAUUCCUUAUCCCAAGAGAGAGUUCCUGACAGAAGAGGAGCCCGAGGACAAAGGAGACAAAAAGAACCAGCAGCAGCAACAGGGAAACAACCACACAAAUGGGGCGGGGCAUACUGGCAACCCAGAAAAUAGCCACGCCCAGGGCCCACCUCUGAAGAAAGUGCGAGUUGUCCCUCCCACCACUACCUCAGGUGGCCUCAUAAUGACCUCAGACUACCAGCGCUCUAAUCCACAUGCUGCCUACCCGAACCCUGGACCAAGCACAUCACUGCCACAAAGCAGCAUGGGAUACUCCUCUACCUCCCAACAGCCGCCCCAGUACUCCCACCAGUCCCACCGUUACUAAAACAACCCCUCUCACAAGAAAACACACAUUUUUAGACACACGUACACACAGCCCUAACCAUGCUCACCUGAACGAAUGUACCGAGGGAUGUGGGGAUGUCCCGACGCAACAAACCUUCCCAGCAACCAACAACCCCCUCCCCUCUUCCCAUCCUACAGAGGGCACUAUCUGCUGCGUUUAAUUAGUCCAGAAAGUCAAAAGACUUCACCUGUUUCAGACUUCACACCACAAUCCCAGUAUUAGAAAUACAGCGUAGAGCAAAGGAUGUUAGGUAGAACACAAGGCAGGAGGAUAAACAAAAGCAAAAAAAAAAAAAGUGAACCUCUACCAUUACUCACAGUAAACACAAAGAAGAUGGCUUGGUUUGGAGGACACACAUUAACCUGUUGUGCCAUCUCCUUCUUUCCUCUGCUUCAGUUCCUCUCAUCCUGUCAWAGCUUGGAUGAGCCGAAAGCUGCUWUGUGACUGCCAGCGUUGACAGGUUCUCAGUCUGUCAGUCCUCCUGUCUGUUUAUUUUUCUGUGUAUGGGCCACAGCUGAGGACUGAACUGAGCUGCUAAGAAGCAUACAAGGACAUUGAUGACCUCCACACAGUUGUGGAAUAGAGGGGUUUUUGUUCAGAAAGGACAAAAAAAAAAACAAAAAAAACAAACAAACGUGAUUUUAGUAGUUUAUAAUUUAAUCUGUUGUCAUGGUUUUGUUUUCAUGACAAGAGUAGCAUAGCAGCUUGUGUGACAUGAGCACUUGGCUGAUGUAUGCUGUGGGUAAGCCUUACGACAUGACGACAAAACCAACCAAUCGCAUGGAGGAUGGCAGAUGGAACAUGCAUUGUACUGUAUUGCAUUGAAAUAUUUUACAUGAAACAAGUAUCCUGACAAUAAAAGUGGAAACAUUU